UGGGAGUGAGGUAAAGACAGAGAGGCUCGGCCACUUGGGUAAGCGCUAACGGUAAAGCGCUGCAGGGAAACACAAUGAGGAAGAGGCGCUUGGAUUUCAAGCCCAUCGUGAACACGUGACACAGAAGAGUAUUAAAGAUCAGGUUAGUCUGAGGGCUGAACAGUUAGACAGACAGAGGGGUCGUGCAGGGUGAUGGCAGCUCGGAGCUCAUAAGCGUCUGUUUUUGUGCCGUUCUUCAUCUUUACUUCACUUUGCAAGGGGGAUGCAGAUACCUCUGAAGCACGAUGUUCUGGUUUCAAGAAGGACUGUGCUGCUUACCAACUUUUCUGGUAGUUUGGUCAUCAAGCACUUUUAUAGUCAACUAUCUAAUUGCACUGUUCCGUCGAGAUGUGGACGUGGUCUUCCCGUACAUAAGUGACACUGGGGCGAGCCCUCCAGAGAGCUGCAUUUUUGGCCUGAUGUCGACAAUCACAGCCUUUGCAGGGUUUGCCACCAUGUUUGCCAGAUAUAAAUAUUUGCAGAGACUGAAUGAGAUAACAGGUGGUGUGAGUCCUGCUCUGAACAAAGCUGCUCUCUUCUUUGCCAUCACUUCUUGUGUGGGCAUGUGUUUUGUAGCUACAUUCCAGGAAACGGCGAUAAGAAUCGUCCAUGACAUCGGUGCCUUCAUUUUCUUCCUCUCCGGAGUGGUUUACAUCAUUCUUCAGACCAUAAUCUCACAUAAGGCUCAUCCAUAUGGUACCUCAAAGCGUGUGUGUUAUAUUCGCACCAUCUUUGCCGUUGUGGCCUUCCUGGCAGCAUUUCCAACUAUCAUUUGUGCUUUUUUUGUGAAAGAAACCAGGUUGCACUGGAACCCAGAAGACAAGGAAUACACACCCCAUCUGGCAAGUGCUGUGAGCGAGUGGAUAGUCUCCUUCACUUUUGUCUUCUUCUUUUUCACAUAUAUACAAGAGUUCAAGCAGUUCACCCUGAAAGUGAAUACUGAAUUACUGGAGUUUAAAUGACGGCACCAUUACACUGCGACUGUGACAGUUUGUGUGUGAUUAUUCAAGUCAGUGUUUUGUUUUUUUUUUAACAAAUUUGUAUUUUUUUAUAGACUGUAACCAUUUUAAAUGUGUCUAAGCCAAACAUGUUUUGUAAUCAAUCUCAGUUGUAUAUAUAUUUUUUUACUUUUAUAUAUGUAUGUAAUCACAAAGGCAUGAUUGCAGAAUUUAGCAUAUUCCAAACAAGGACCUACGGUAUUUUUAACAGUAUUGCACUUUAGUCCAUGUAAUUUUAAAGUUGUCCAACUAUUAACAGUGAUCCAGCAAUAAAAUAGUCAUAUGAUUACCCAGUAUGCAUGACUCAUGUAUUGUGAAAUGAAAGCACAUGACGUUGUCAUUACUGCUUACAGUCUAGUGGUUGCCUUGUGGUUAGUCAUUUACCGAUACCCUGGGAGUUUACAAACCCCAUUUAAGGAAAAGUUGGGACACUUUGUAAAAUGCAGUAACAACAAGAAUAUGUUAUUUGUUAA